GUUAAGUUCUACUUCUUCAUGAAUCAAGGAACAGUUUAGUUCAUCACACAUUCACUGCCCUCGUCGCUCUUCUGCUCCGUCUCCCCACACAGAGUGCCCAAAGGGGGGCUCAGACUAUGCUGUUCUGAAUAACCGAAUGGUACAUUUCAACUACUCCGAAUUUACGAGGGUCCAGUUUGUGGCAGAGGGCGCCCCGGUACUCCGAACAACUAUUUUCGAACGCACACUCAAUGUCACAGUUUCUCUUUCCACGUGACAAGGUGUUGGAGUAUGGCCGAGCAGGCAGGCACAGCGAAUAGAGGGGUCAUUCAGAGAAUACUUUCCGUUGUUGGUGCUCACAGUCUGCUCAGCACUUUGUGGGGCUAUGUGGACUCCACAAUAAGGCAGUGCUGGAUCCUCAGCUGGCUGCCAUCAUGGUGUCCCACCUCUCAGAUCAUGCUACAGACUGCAGAGGACAUGAUGCUUCGAUGUGUGAACAGCACGUUCUUCAAACAGUAUGUCCCCAUCUCCAACAGUAACCGGCUGUGGACCCUGACCUUUAAUAGGGACCAUGUCAAGCACAAAUCCCCCAUGGUUCUGCUCCAUGGGUUUGGAGGUGGUGUGGGCCUUUGGGCUCAGAACCUGGAUGCUCUCUCUCAGCAUCGGCCUGUCUUUGCCAUGGACCUGCUGGGCUUUGGACGGAGCAGCAGGCCUCUGUUCUCCACAAAUGCCCAGGAGGCAGAGGACCAGUUUGUGGAGUCUAUAGAGCAAUGGAGGGCUAAAGUCGGUCUGGAGUCCAUGAUACUGCUGGGGCACAACCUGGGAGGAUACCUGGCUGUGUCAUACUCCAUUAAAUAUCCUGGCAGAGUGAAGCACAUAGUGCUGGUGGAGCCCUGGGGUUUUCCUGAGCGCCCGUACAUAGUAGAGGCAGACCGUCCCAUCCCGGUAUGGAUCAAAGCCCUAGGGGCCCUGUUCAGUCCCUUCAACCCCCUGGCUGGCCUGAGACUGGUUGGACCACUGGGGCCCAUUCUGGUCCAGACUCUGAGACCGGACUUCAAGAGGAAGUUCUCCUCCAUGUUCAGUGACAACACUGUGUCGGAGUACAUCUACCAUCUGAAUGUACAAACCCCCAGUGGGGAAACCGCCUUUAAGAAUAUGACCAUUCCCUACGGUUGGGCUAUGAGACCGAUGCUACAAAGAAUGGACCAGCUGCAGCCUAAGAUCCCCAUCACCAUCAUCUAUGGAUCCCGCUCCAGCAUAGACAGCAACUCAGGCAGCACCAUCAAACAGAUGAGGCCACACUCUCAUGUGGAGAUCGUAACAGUCCGUGGAGCCGGACACUAUGUAUACGCCGACCAGCCAGAGGACUUCAACCACAGAGUUGUGCAAGUGUUGGAUAAAGUGGACUAAAGCAGACACAAAGCUGGUUACUGAACUUUGGACAAAAAAGGGGAGCACAAAUAACAGACUUGACUUUAGCCGCCACUAUAGAAACACAGGAUUCCACGCCCUCAAAGCAGGAACAAGGAGUCUAUUUUUAUAUCGUGAAAUACUGUGUGAAUUGAGCUGUAUUUUUGUGAAGGAAUACAAUUAGACUCUAAUAUGACAUAAUGAUAUUAUAUUUAGUUACAUAUUAAAUCAUAUCAUGCUGAAACAGAAUCAGUGUCACUGCAUUUAGAAAGCUUGCUGACGGAGUCAUGUGUAAGGUAUUUCAUGUGAAGUGCCUGAGCUGUGCUUUGUGAUUUUUCCAUAUGAUUCAGAUACAGACAGGAAGCACACUCUUCAUUACAUCACUGCAUCAGCAUCGGGAAGCAGUUAUAGAUUUAUCUGCAGCCAGUAAUUAUUUCAAAGAGUCUGUCCUAUGGCCUCUAGUUUCCCGGCGCAGCACAGGGUGGCGCAGGGUGGCGAACCCCACGCAGAGCUAGUUUCGAGCAGCGCAACCCGAGGCGCACUCAGUUUGGUAGUUUGGCAGACCAAGGUGCGCUGAGAAUGGUGUGGCGGCGCAGCAGGGGGAGGUGUUGACAGAUCCAGCUUGGCGCAGUGACAGUUUCGUGCCAAAAGGCUUCGCCGAAGGUGCGCUUAAAGCUCGCCAGCUGAAACCAGGUCUACUGUCAGUGCAGGCGGAGCACAGCCAGUGUAAAUGGAAGUUUGGCUGACCGGCGGACAGUGCGCACACGUCACCAAAACCUCACAGGCAGGUUUCCAGAAUAUCAGGCACAUUAACGAUGCAAUAAAUACCCAAAAAACCACUAUUCAAUGCAACUAUCUGCAAUCAGCACAUAAAUGUAUCUCUAUAUCGACUGUUCCGUCACAUCUGAUGUCAGAUCAAAGGGUCUCGCUGUCUUCUCCAUCGGCUCCCCCGGGAUGCAAACGGUCCCGUUUAUCACCCUCACAGGCCAAGAAACAGUCUCCCCCGAACUCUGUUCACACGCAGUCCAGUCCUUCGUCCUCACAGCCACUUCACCUGCUCAUUAGCGCACAAGCUGCAGCUGUGGUCACUGGUGACGUCAUCCCAGACAGCGUCUCAACAGGUGAUCCUACACAGACCUCCCUCACUAGCAUUCAUACACACUUCUCACCCAAACUUUCCGUCUAUAAAGGCAACUGUAAGGAUCCUGAAAUACUCAUUAUAGGUGACUCCAUUAUUAGAUCAGUUUCUCUCCCAGGUGCAUUCACAUACUGCCUUUCUGGUGGUAGAGUUGCAGAUAUGAUUGAGUUAGCCCCAGCACUUUUCGAUCUCCAUCCUUCUGCUCACACUGCAAUAUUCCACGUCUGUACUAAUGACGUCUUAGACAGAAAAUCAAUUAUACUCCAUGACCUCCUAGAGUCACUGGCAGUUACUGUUCAGAGUCUUGGAAAAAUCUGUGUUUUCUCUGGCCCCAUCCCUGCUCCCUCCAAGAGCCGAGAGCAUUUCAGCCAUCUAGUCCAUAUUCACGACUGGUUAAAAACCUUUUGCACCGCAACAGGACAUGGUUUUAUCAGCAACUUUGACUGCUUCUGGACCAAACCUGACCUCUAUAAGACUGAUGGCCUGCACCCCAACAUUAAAGGCACCAACCUGCUUGCUCAUAACUACAUAAAGCACAUUGCUUUCUGCUUGGAUUUGGAAAACUGACAUCCAACCCGGCAUAACCCUCCCUCAGGAGUCACCCACACUCAUAAUAAUAAUGAGUAUCUCUCAUUGGGUCCUGCCGGUCCUUGUACAUCUAAUUUGAAAAUUGCUUGCCAACUCAACUCUGUUUCUACUAAUGCUGACAGACCUAAGUGUUCUGCAAGCACCCUUAAAUUUGCACUUCUCAAUGUUAGAUCAAUUUCUAAUAAAACUUUCAUUAUUCAUGACUUUAUAACCUCUCACAUGCUCGACUGCAUUCUCCUUACUGAGACGUGGCAUGAUGAAACCGGUAACAUAGAGUCGAUUGAAGCAUGUCCACCUAAAUUUUCAUUUUUACAUUGUCCCAGGGUUGAAAAGAAGGGUGGUGGUGUUGCUGCCAUUUUUUCAGACAACUUAUCAUGCAAAAACAUCCUGUUUGGCAAUUACUCUACUUUCGAGUACUUAGCCAUAGUCAUGAAAUCUGCUUCUCCCUUUCUUGUGCUCAGUGUUUACCGCCCACCAAAGCUUAAAAAGGGUUUCAUAGAUGAAUUCACCGAGCUGCUAUCUAAGAUUUCUGUCAAAUAUGAUACAGUCCUUAUUUCCGGUGACUUCAACAUUCAUAUUGAUAAUUCCACAGAUUUUUUUGUCAACCAGUUCACUGACAUGCUAUCAACCUUUGACCUUAUACAGCAUAUACAGUCAGGUCCAUAAUUAUUUGGACAAUGAUACAGUUGUCGUCAUUUUGGCUCUGUACACCACCACAAUGGGUUUUAAAUGAAACAAUGAAUACCUGCUUAAAGUGCAGACUCUCAGCUUUCAUUUAAGGCUUUUUUCAAAAAUGUAGUAUAAAUGUAUAUAUUUCAUAGAAACUACUCUAAAUUUUGUGCACCUCAAACAACUGUACUGUGAACAACGGUGUGAUCAGUACACAGUACUUUACACGCGGCCCCCAUGAUAAAUUCUUAAAGGGAAAGUUACGUUUUUUACAACCUGGACCUUAUUUCUGGCAUUAAAUAUGGUUGUUUACUCACCCAGAUAAGUUUGGUGUCAUUUGGAGUCCUUCGGAAAUUAUUUAGAUCCGCGAGAGCCGCGUACAUCCAUAUAGUGGGAAUGAUUGGGGCAACGACAAUGAGGCUCUAAAUAACACAUUAUCUGCCGCAAAACUCAUUCAUUUCACCAGUAUGUUUUUAUGAAUCACUAGAGUUGCUUGUCAUCAUCACCCGAGGACUCCAAAUGACACCAAACUUAUCUGGGUGAGUAAACAACUGUAUUUAAUGCCAGAAAUAAGGUCCAGGUUGUAAAAAACGUAACUUUCCCUUUAAGCUUAGCCUACCUAAAAUGUGACACACUAUCAUAUUUAUUUCUAAGGCAUCAUCAUACAGAAUAACAUGGAUGGUCAUAUUAAUGUGUAUGUGGUCUGAAAAUAAUGAAUAAAACUCUUCUCAAGAAUCCUGCUGUCUGUGAU